UUUGAGACGUUGGAGUGGCUGGCUGGGUUUGUGAGUACGGAUUUGGGAAAGUUGGGCCCACAGUGAGGGCAGGCUGGUUGAGGUAUUAACGUGGUUAAGAUCCCAGAAUUUUAAAUAGACACGAUGCUUUCUAAGAUUUCUCUCUUCUCAUGAAGUGGCUGGUAAAAAAUUGAUCGAUUGAUUUGAUCAAUGUGCGACUUUGUGAUCGAAUCUCAAAAGUCUUUGUGAGAUCGAUUGGACUCAUUCAUCGGAUUACAAUGGCAGUUGAGAAGAUCAGGAUGGUGUUUCUUCUGUGUAUUUUUCUGUUUUCUCUAUUUCUGUUUCCUGUUUGAGAGAGAGAGAGAGAGAGAGAGAGAGAGAGAGAGAGAGAAAAGAAGAAGAAGAAGAAGAAGACGAAUUUCAUGGCCUGGGUUAAUUGCAGGCUUUAACCUGGGUUCAUAGGUAUGGCAAUGAGAGGAUUGAAGCUAUGGCAAAAGCUAGGAUUGACAGAGAAGCUCAAUUCCUCUACUCUGAGCGGAGCUUACCAUGAAUUUGGCGCAAUCUGUCAUAGUUUCAGAUCCUUGUGUUCUGUAGCUGCUGCACAGAGCUCAUCUGAAUGUUCUGCACGAGGAUACCGGAACAGCGAUUCUAUCAAGCUUAGAAGUUUUUCGAGCAGGAAGGAGAACUAUGGAGCUGGAACAGAAGAUGUUCGGAACUCUAAAUAUAAGAGGCCUUCUGGACAAGAGCAAUUGACGUUCACAGGAACCAAGGGAAAAGUCGCCAGAGAUGAGGCAGAUUUGUCUACUUCAGGGCCGGAAAAAAUUUCAAGUUCAUCCCGGAGAAAAGAGAAACCAUCUGUCUACACCACAUCAGAUUAUGUUGAUUACAGAGGAAUGCAACUUGUGUUUCUCGGGACCUCAUCAUCAAUACCAACGUUGAAACGAAAUACUUCAUGUAUCGCUCUAAGACUUGAGGGAUCCAUAUUCUUGUUUGACUGCGGAGAAGGCGCAGUGCGGCAGAUCUUGAAGACUCCAAUGAAGCAUUACGACAUCGGACACAUUUUUUUGACCCACAUGCACGGGGAUCAUAUAUUUGGGCUUCCAGGCCUUUUGUGUCGCCUAGGUCUGAAGGAGUUUCAAAAUAAAGAGCCGAUUCAAAUUUACGGUCCUCAAGGACUUCGGCAGUGGAUACGAACCACUUUGAAAGCAAGCCAUGCUCGUGUGCACCCGAAGUAUGUUGUACACGAAUUGCAUCUGAGGAAAAAAUCUACAAAUGUGGCACACAGUUGGAAUUAUGUGGAUGCAAAUCAUGAAGACGAAUUGCCUGGAAGAGAUAUUCAACGUUCAGAAGAUGGUCUUUGGCAAGUGUUGAAUGAUAGCAAGUACGUCGUGAGAGCAAGCUUCUUAAGACAUAGUAUACCUUGCUGGGGAUAUGUAGUAGAAGAGCGAACUCGACGAGGCAGAUUUGAUGUGGAGCGAGCCCGUCAACACGGUGUAAAGCCUGGAAAGUUCUUCAGAAUGCUCGAAGCUGGUGAUUCAGUCAUGCUUGCCGACGGAAACAUUGUUUACCCAUCUGAUGUAUUGGGUACUCCUAGAAGGGGUAGAAAAGUAGUGAUCUUAGGUGACACUUGCGACUCGAAAUCAAUGAUGGCUGCUGCACAAGAAGCUGAUGUCGUUGUCCAUGAAGCCACAGUGCUAGAGCAGGACGCAUCGGAAGUCUUACAACGUGGCCACUCCACUGCAAGAAUGGCUGGACAAUUCGCACGCGACAUAAAAGCUGGAACUCUUGUCCUUACUCAUUUUAGCCGAAAAUUAGACGGCGCUCUUUACGUUGAUGAGAGGAGCCAAACGCGAGAAACGAUUGGACAUCUUGUAGCUUCUGCACAAGAAGCAUUCGAGAAAGAUAACGUAAUAGCUGCAGAGGAUAUGAUGGCUAUCACCAUCGAACUGGAAGACAAGGCUCCAUUGAAAGAUUCACAACAUUUGAGACCCUCGUCCGAAAGCGAGGAAGCUAAAAAUCCGCAAAGGAAAGUAGGUAGACAUUCAACAUCGUCCGACCUUGAUGAUAGUUCUUCCCGGAAGGAUGUCCUGGGUGGACAAUCGGUACCUUCUCAACUGGAGAAGAAGGCCUCAAGAAGCAGUGUUCGAAGACCAUCAUCGACCUCUGAAGUAGAUCAGAAGCCUUUCAAUAGAAGUGCACGCAGUCGGCAUCUAUCACCUGCCCAACUCACAGACAAGACGGUCUUCAAGAAUCUCCAGAAACGGCGUGCAUCACGUCCACCUCGAUCCUCAUUCCUUUCCGAAUGAUCGAAUAGCGGGGUACAGUCUAUGUUAUUGUGGAGUACUAAGCCCUCGAGAUAAUUUUGGGUGCUCUCUUAGAUGAUUACCACCGUCAGUAACUGUAGUCAUUAUUGAUGGUUUCCAUGUUCAUGUGCUUUCCUCUCGAGGUCAACAGUUGAUUCAUCUUUAUAUGGAUGAAUCAUCAUGCAAUUUUGGGGCCCACUUAGCAAACUGAAUUCCUUUUUGAAAAAACGGUAUCAUUUUCUUCUCGCAGGUAGUAGAUGAUGUACAACUCUUGUCCAGUUUACGGACGGAUGAUCUGGGAUGAUCAAGUAAUUGGAAUAUAGCAAUCUCGUUCU